AUGAGUAACCAGGCACGGACCCCCACUCCCUCCCCAGCCCGGGCAAACACCCCAUCUCGGAUGCCAACUCCCAUCCGAACCACGACCCCAAUCAGAGUCUCCAUCCCAGCUCACAACCUGACUCCGGUCCAAACUUCCACCCGGUUCCUGGUCUCGACCCCGGCCCAGGAUCAGACUCCGGUCCGAAUCUUCACCCCGGUCCGGCCUCCCGCCCAGUUCCUAACCCCUCCUCCAAUCCGAACCCCAGCCCCAACCCCAGCCCCAGCCCCAGCCCCAACCCCAGCCCCAGCCCCAGCCCCAGCCCCAGCCCCAGUCCUAACUCCUGCUCCAGCCUGGUCCCCAGCACUGGUGCGAACCCCAGCACUGGUGCGAACCCCAGCACCGGUGCAAACCCCAGUACUGGUGCGAACCCCAGUACCGGUGCAAACCCCAGUACCGGUGCGAACCUCAGUACCGGUGCAAACCCCAGUAUCGGUGCGAACCUCAGUACCGGUGCAAACCCCAGUAUCGGUGCGAACCCCAGUACCGGUGCGAACCCCAGUAGCGGUGCGAACCCCAGUACCGGUGCGAACCCCAGUACCGGUGCGAACCCCAGUACCGGUGCGAACCUCAGUACCGGUGCGAACCCCAGUACCGGUGCGAACCCCAGUACCGGUGCGAACCCCAGUACCAGUGCGAACCCCAGCACGGGUGUGGGCCCCAGCACUGGUGCGAACCCCAGCACGGAUGUGGACUCCAGCACCGGCGUGGACUCCAGCACCGGCAUGGACUCCAGCACCGGUCCAGGCCCCGAGACCAGCACUGAACUCGGACUCACCCGUGGCUCAGCCCUCUUCUUCCAGGCCCGCUAGCUCUUCCUCGAAGGAGGAACCCUUGACCUACAGUCUAGCAGAGGCCAUCCAGGGUCCCCUUCCGGUGCUCACUGACACAGCCUCCAAGACGUUGAGCUCCGUCCGGGACUUCCCCCCUCAGUUAGACUCCUUGGCUUCCAAAGCCAUGGCCUCCAGUACAUUGGGCCCCACUCCGGACCCCAUCCCCGGACUACAGUUCUUGGCCACUCAGCUAAAGGUGGCCCCUGCUCUGAAUCGGCUCCCCACACUUUCCCCAUCACCCAGCUUCAUCUCCACCAAGGCCUCAACCAGCGAGAACUUAACAACGGCCAGCAAAAUUUUGAUUCGUGUGACAUACUGUGGCCUCUGAAGCUAUGGCCUUCGGUACAUUCUUCUGAAAAAGUCCCUGGAACAUCAAUUUCCAAACCUUCUGGAGUUUGAGGAGGAAAGAGCUGCCCAGGUAACGGGGGAGUUUGAAGUGUUUGUGGAUGGGAAGCUGGUCCAUUCCAAGAAGAAGGGUGACGGGUUUGUGGAUGAGUCCAGUAUGAAGAAACUUGUGGGCAUUAUCGAUGAGGAGAUCAAGAAAAGGUAGCAGCGGAAAUGGGGCUGGAGAUGAAUGAGGAGCAACAGAGGCCAGGAGGAGGCGCGAAGGAACCUCAGCGGAUGAUGAGGAGGACUGAAAUGAUGCCAAACCAGGUCCUUUUCUGAUGGUGGCUGGGGCUUGGGUGGGUUGGGAAAGUAAAGAGAAUAUAAUC